AGGAUAUCGGGGGUAAGUACUAGCGGUAGGAUAUUGAGGGUAAGUACUAGCGGUAGGAUAUUGAGGGUAAGUACUAGCAGGGUAUCGGGGUAAGUACUAGCGGUAUGCGAUGGCAGAUACUACGUACUGCUUAAGUAACUGCAUUAUGUAAAGGGAUGAAGAGCAUCACAGUGGUAGAUUCAUCAUCAUUAAUUUUGCCAAUGAUUAAUUAUUUAUGAUUUAUUAACAGUGGUGCAGGAUGGAUGUGCUAGGCAUUGAUGAAAUGAAGGUAAGAAAUUAAAUCAAAGAUAGAAUUAGCAGUGAGGUACGUGCUAAUGAUCAGGAAAGGUAAAAGAAAUGGGAAAAAUGACCAAGGAUGAAGCUGUGCAUGCCCAGGUGUUGUUGUGGUAGAGGAGAGCGUGAUGGGUAAGAGGGAAAGUGCUGUAUUGCAGAUACAUUUUGUUUUUACGAUGCACUGCUGCUUCGUACCAAUGGUGUUUUACGUUUUUAAGCUUAUCGGCACGUACCGUACGCACACCGUAUUAUUUGCACCGUUCUUUUUAUGCUCUGCUCUGCUGCGUUUUUGUGUGGCAUGUCCUGCUCAUUACGCUGUUUCUUUUGUUGUGUUGCACUCCUUUCCUACCGCAUCCCGCCACGUUCUCGCCGUUCCGUGUGCUGAAACGUCUCUCCAUCUUUUGUUUACUGAUCAUUUUUGCUGAUCGUUUAAAAAGAAACGAAAACAAAAACAAACAAAUGGUCGUGCAGCACACAAACACCUUGCCGGAUCACAUACGCUCGAAUACCUCGUUCACCAACGAGCUCAGGAACUACAAAAAGAGUUUUGUGCUCGAUCCCGUAUCGGUUGAGGACCUAGAGCCGAACAUCUUCCUGAUCGUUCUGUUCCCUCUGUACACCUGCCUGCUGCUCCUGCUCACAUCCGUGCUAUCAACCAUACCACACAUACGGCCGCUGCCUGUGCCGUACAUCCUCGGCAUUUACCUUGCCAUUCAGGCGUACCUGCUCAUCUCAUCGAUCGUUUACCGCUGGUACCUCACCAAAACAUCAAGCAUACUGGCACACAUGCACGUGCUCAACUACACGCUGUCGUACAUGCCGCUUAGCAUGCUGCUGCGCGUAUUGCUCGGUGCCCUAGGUUUCAUCUUUGUGUUUGCGUAUGUGCUUGUUGUGCAGUACUAUUCGAGUGCGAUCGUUACGUUGGGACACGAAUGGACGAGCAGGAAGAACGUGUUCGUAUUUUCUUUGAUUACGCUGGUCAUAAGUUUUAUGUUUGUGUACGGUGUUGAAGGCAUUUAUACGAUGGGUAUUGCCGAGAGUGGAAGUACUAAAUUUUAAAGUGAUGUAUACGAUUUGCUGGUGAUUUUAAGACAGCGUUGCAAUGGUGGAUAGCAUUGCUUGUUUAGUUUUGUUGUUGAGGGCGUUGCUCGUUCGUUCGUAUUUUGCGAUUGAUAGCGUUGUCCUUUGUUACCACGUAUCUUCUACCGCACGCCUACAGCUCCCACACCAUUUCUUAGCAUCCCUCAAAAUGCAGAAUAACUGAACUGAUCAACGUACUCCUACACGUAAAAAUACGUAUUUUACACUUCAUGCCUACGUACACACCUCAUCUGGAGGCUCUGUCCGUUCACACCGUUACGCAUCAUUGCGUGGUUGCAAGGAUCGUUUAAUGUAACACGAGCAGUACCGUACUCCGUUCACUGCCAUUCGUGGUUCUUGUACGGAUACGCACCCUUUCCUACUAAGGUAUCGCAGGAACGGACCAUGAAUCUGCCAUUACCGCCACAUUUAACGGUGUACGCUGCAUUAAGUAAUUCUCCGCCAGCAUAACGCACAAAUAAGUAAAAUUUUUUGAACUGCU